UUUUUCUUUUUAUGUUUUGUACCAGCCAAAUAAGAAUGCUAUGAGCAACUGGAACGGGAACCUCUCGUAGUAUAUAUAUGAGAGGGAUCGGGCAGGAAACUGCUUCGUGAAGAGGCUGAGAGCUCGCCUUGCAUGCACGCGCACACCUCUGCUUGGGUGUACGUGCACAGCGGCAGCAGCGGACUAGGAGCUCCAUGCAUCUGUCUCUAGGGUGUAGAGAUCCUGCUCAUUGUACGGUAGCUGCCACCGUCUCAUCGUCAACCAUGUCUGCUGCUUCCACCGUGGAUCCUCAUCCUCCUCAUCAGCAGCAGCAGUGCGAUAAGGUGUCGUCCAUGGAGAUGGAGAUCCCCGCCGACCUUAUCAUCCGGAUCGGCGAGUCCGUUUUCCCUCUCCACAAGGCGGUGAUGGUGCCCAAGUGCGGCUACAUCCGCCGGGCCGUCGAGGCGGUGGCGACCAGGCCCAGCAGCAAGGGCGGCGCCGACGCCGACGCCGACCCGCCGGCCACCGUCGAGCUGGACCUCUCGGCGCUGCCGGGCGGCGCCGACGCGUUCGACAAGGCGGCGCGCUACUGCUACGGCGCCAACUUCGAGAUCACGCCGCAAAACGCGGCGGCGCUGCGCUGCGCCGCGGCGUUCCUGGACAUGCGCCACGCCUCAGCGGACCUGGCCGGGCGCGUGGACGAGUUCCUGGCGCGGGCGGCGCUGCGCGCGCUCCCGGGCGCCGUGGCCGUGCUCCGCUCCUGCGAGGCGCCCGGCCUGCGCGCGGCCGCCGAGGAGCUCGGCGUCGCGCGCCGCGCCGCGGACGCCGUCGCGCGCGGCGUCUGCGCCGAGGCGCUGUCCCUGUCGUACUCGUCGGCGUCGCGCGGCCCCGGGUGGUGGAAGCUGGAGCUGGCGGCGCUGUCGCCGCGCUCGUUCGGGAAGGUCGUCACGGCGCUGCGGUGCCGCCGCGCCGAGCCGGCCGUGGUGGCCGCGGCGGCGGCGGCCUACGCGGAGCUCGUCCUGGCCGAGGUCCUCGCGGCGCCCCAGGACCGCGCGGACCACCGCGCGCUGCUCGAGUCCGUGGUCGACGUGCUGCCCUCGCCCGCCGACGCGCCCGGCGUCCCGGCGCCGUUCCUCUGCCGCCUCCUCCACGCCGCCGUCGCCGCCGGGGCGUCCGCCAAGACGUGCCGCGACCUCGAGCUCCGCGUCGCCGCCGUGCUCGACCAGGCCACCGCCCAGGACCUGCUCGCCGUCGCGCUGGACGCCACCGGGGAGCGCGUCAGGAACACGGACAUCGUGCGCCGCGUCGUCGUCGCCUUCGUCGAGCGCCAGGCGGCGGUGACGCCCGCGGGUGAGCGGAGGAGCCGCCGGGCGUCCAUGUCCGGGACGACGGCGGCGACGGAGCUCGGUGCCGCCAGGCCCGGCGCGCUGGAGAAGGUCGCCAUGAUGGUGGACGAAGUGGCGGCGGAGAUCGCGACGGAGGAGGCGCUGCCCAUCUCCAAGUUCGUCGGCGUGGCCGGCGCGGUGCCCAAGGACGCGCGCCCGUCGCACGACUGCCUGUACCGCGCCGUCGACAUCUACCUCAAGACGCACCCGGAGCUGGACGAGAUCCAGCGGGAGAAGGUCUGCAGCGUCAUGGACCCGCUCAAGCUCUCGUACCAGGCGCGCACGCACGCGUCGCAGAACAAGCGGCUGCCGCUGCAGGCCGCGCUCAGCGCGCUCUACUACGACGAGCUCAAGCUCCGCAGCGCCGCGACGGCCGACGUGGUAUUGGACACGCAGUCGUCGGCCGCGGGGAGGGCUUGCGCGCAGGCCAGGGCGGCGGACGCGGCGCUGGCGCGAGAGAACGAGGCGCUGCGGUCAGAGCUGGCACGGAUGCGGGCCUACCUGUCAGGGAUGGAGCGCAGCAAAGGGGGCCGGUCAACGCCGCCGUCCUCGCCGUCUCGGAGGGCAAAGAAAGCAAGCUUCCUGGGCUCCGUGUCCCGCACUAUGAGUCGGCUGAACCCGUUUAGAAGUGGGGGGUGGAUGGCGAAGGUUACGACCAGUAACGCCGCCGGUGGUGGACGCCAGAGCAAAACGAUGAUGCAGCAUGUGGUGACACCCAAGAGGAGGAGGGCAUCCAUAAGUUAAUAAUCAUGACGCUGUCGUGUAAUUUUAGGAGGAUACCGUGUGUGCAUGGCUUGUAGUUUGAUUAUUAUUGUGUGUUUUUAGUUUAUUAUUGUGCUAAUAUAUAAAUGAAUGCGUGUGUAGUACCAAGUGGUUUGCUAAAUCAGACGAUAAUUUUACAUGUU